AAUAAUUGAUGAUUGAGUCUAUAUUUAGUUAUGUUGACGAAUACUUAUUUAAGAAAAUUUUUAUAUAUGCGCAUAACUUCAGGUCCUAGUCUCUGUCAUAGAGAAAAAAAAUGCCUUUUUAAACAAAUAUUACAUAAAACUGUUUACAUAGCGAUGUAAUGUUAUUUAUUUUUUUAAUGCACUCGAUUUUUGAACUUUAAGUCUUCCCAAGUAGAAAACUAAUCGCGUUUUUAUUUUACUUUUUGCUAUAGAGAUGUGAAAUAAAUGUUUGUACAACGUAUAAUUAAAAAACUUACUGACUUACUAAUAUAAUUUCUGUUAAAGUUAUUAUAUAAAUUGUGCCGAUUUUUAUUAUUUCAAUUAAGAAAAUAUAUAUCAACUAGACUAGGACCUAGGAGCAAAAUUAGUCAAUCAUCUGAUAACAUUGAUAUCAUACAAAUGUAUAUGAAGUGAAAGAUUAAUUAUAUCUUAGCACUAUAAUUUUCCGAAAAUUAGUUGUUAAUAAAUGUGAACAGUACUGAUUGCAUUAAGGAAUUAUUUUUAUCAUAAGAAAAAGGUUUCAAUUCGUAGUGCUAAGAUCGUUUCAUAUACAUUUGUGUAUAUUUUUAAAUUCAAGAGCUAAUUAAAAAAUGUAGCGAUAUUUACACUACUAACAAGUAAUUGUUUACAUUUACUAGCAAAAUUUAUUUAUUCCAUCAGAGAAAAUAAAGCAUUUUAUUUUUUAAUACUUUGAUCAGAUAAAAAAUAAUAAUUAAUAAGUUAAAUUUUUGUUUUUUGUUUCUACAUUUUUUUUAUGACAACAGAAAAUACUUAUUACUACUUUCUUAACGUCGUUACUUUUUAAUCAAGUUUCUUAUAAAUUAAACUUGUAAGAUUAAAUUUUAAUCGCGUCUAUUUCUUUUAGUACAAUACACGCUUCUUUAGUUUGGGAAUUUGAUAAAAUCUUUUAUAGAUGUCAUAAAAGACUACUUGUUGUAUUAUAUCAUUUAUAUAAAGACUGUUACUCUUAAUCUCUUGUAGAAAUUCUAAACCAAAGAAAAAUCGAGAAGUCAGAUAAAAAUGCUGAAACGAAAGUCAACAAUAUAAUUGUGUUAGGGCUUUUGUUUCAACACUUUUUGACCUCUCUUUUCUUUUAUCAUGAUCAUACACUCAUGCAUUAGCUUGGCCUGAGUACAAGAUUUAACAUAAUUAUUAUGUAGAUUUUCGUUUCAACACUUUUUUAAUUUACGUUACUUACACGCUAAGUUAUUUUUUUUACAUAGCUAUUAGUGAUAUGUCACUGCUUUGGGUUAUUAAUAUUUUAUAAUCUAGGAAGUUAUAUUUAUAUUUCUAUAAUUAUCCAUUAGUUUGUACUUAAGAAUAGAUUACUAUAGAUGAUAAGCUUUAAAUGAAGCAUUAUUUAUCUUUUAUUGUUUCUCGAUAUAGACACACAACUUUUUAACAGGUGCACUUCUUUUUCUGUUAUAACUUUUUAUAAAGCAUAUAAUAAACAUAUUAUUUUAAUGGAAACCUUAUUAUUUUACUAAAAUUAUCAUUUUAUCGACUGAACAGCGACUUACACACAUGCAAAUAUCAAUAUGUCUACAUACUACACCAUCGCGCACAUAAGAUUUUUGUAUCGAAUUAAGUAUCUAUUGUAAGUCUAAUCUAAGAAUUCGAUUAUUUAUGUAAUCUGGAUGUUUGGAGAUUUCAAUUGUGUAAGUACAUGUAAGUAAAAAUUGUUGUUCAGUCGGUAAAAUUUACAACUUUAGCAUUCCCUUAAUACAAUAAAAUAAUAAAAUAGAAUCGCUACGAGAGAUACAAUGUGUCAAAUUUGUUAAUACAAUGAAUUUUAUGUACAUUAUUAAAAUAUAUUUAAUAUUUUAUUUAUCUAAACUAGUUCAUAUAUCAAAAUAUAAUCAACAUAUAAAUCAACGUAUAAAUAUAUUUUAAAUUUUAAAUAUUAACAAAAAAAACAGUUUUACUAAAGUAAAAAUUUACUUAGAUAUAAGUCUGUAAAUAAUUUUGUCAUACUACCAAAUUAUAAGUCACUGUAAGUCACUGAGGCUGAUUUAAAAAGUGUCAACUUUUUUAUCUUCUCUUUUCUUUUUAUUUUCAUUCUUUUCAUUUUGCUUGAGUUUCUACAAUUAAUUACAAUCAAAUAAAAUAAUUCAAAUCUGUAUCAUAGUAAAAUUUGUAGAUAUUUUAGACUUUGACUCAGGGUUGAGUAAAUUAAUAUAUUUUUUAACUAUAUUAAAUUAGAGUUGAUGGUUUAUAAAAUUAAUUUAAUUACGUUAAAAAUUAUUUUACGUACCUCUUCUUUUAUUCUUUUGCACAGAUAAAUUUUUUAAUUCAAAGAAGAAUUAAUAAGUUAAAAUUUAUGUAUUUUACAAAUAACUAUUUGAAGUUCAAUUAUUUAAAAUUAACUAAGUUAAAAGUUAUUAACUUUUUAAUUAGUUACUACCCAACCCUGUUUAGACUAUUCCACUAUUUUUGUAGUGGAACCUGGAUUAACCUUAUUUAGCUCUCGUUUGAUAAACGAACAUUAGUGCUCUCGUAUGGUAAAAGAUCAUUGAAAAAAGAAACAAAUUAAUAAAAAAUAAAUAAAUAAAAAAUAAAUAAUAGAUAAAAUUCUCAUAGCCUCAUACGAGAACAAUAGAGGAAUAAAAAGACGGCAUUGUGAGCAGUUGAUAUGUAUGUUGCGUGUAUGUAUGUUGUUAAGUGUAUGUAUGUUAAACAUUUUAUUCUUUUAUAUUAUCUCAACGGAAUUUAUAACAACGAAGCAUAAUAUCCCAAACGUAGCAUAUAUUUCGAACCAUAAUAUUCCGAAGAGAUAAAUAUAUUUAGGAUCACCAUAUUGUAACCAGAUAGUAUACAAUAUUUAUAAGAAAAAUGUAUAUAUGUGUAAAUAUUUAUUAUUUUUUAAAAUAUUAUAUAAAUAUUUUAUAUAAUAUUUAUAGAGAAAGUGACAUAAAAGAUAAAUAUUUAUAAUAAUAUUUUAAACAUAUUUUAUAAAUAUUUUGUAAAUAUUAUUAUAUUUAUGAUAAAAGAAUCUUUAUUAUCUAUUCACUCUAAGAUCUAUUAAGAUUUACAAAAUUAUUUAUAAAAUAAUCUAAUAAUUAUUAUAAAUAUUUUAUAAAGUUUUUAUAAAUAUUGUAUGCUGUCUUUUUAUAAAAAUCACAACAGCGUUUUGUAUUUUUGGUUAAAUGCAAAUUAUUUAUUGUAACAAUUCUAAUGAUUUGAAAUCUUCGUGUAUCAAUUGUGUGUGAAUUAAUUCUCUAUUUAUUCUCGAAAUUCUUGGAAAUGUGUCUAUAACUUAUCAAUCACGUUUACAUAUCAAUGUUAUUCUUGUGUGUGUGCUCUAAGUCAUACUUACAGAAUUAAAAAACUGCCACUAUUAAAAUAAAAUAAAUAAGUUACAAGAAUUUUUUUAGAAAUUUAGUCUGGUCACUAAUCCAUUCAUAUGUACAUACAUAUAUCCAGCUAGAGUAUAUACUUCAUAUGUAUUCUCAUGGAGACUUACACCUGAAAUUUAUAUAAAAUAUCCAACACGCAGUACAAUGUAUUAUCUUUAGAAAGUCAAGUUUAUCAAUCUAACAUCUACAGUUGUGCCGUAUUAAAAAUGUAAAUAUUUCUUCUUGAUUAAAAUUUAAAUCUAAAAUUCAAAUUCUACAAUUGUUGAACUGUAUACAUUAUAAUAAGUAUAUUAUGUAAUGUAUGCGUUAUAAUAAUAUAUUAUAAUGUAUAUAUUAUAAUAAUAAAUGUAUUAUAAUGUAUAUAUUAUAAUAACAAAUACGAAUGGGGGCAUCGUAACUAUUUAAAUAGUUUUAUCCAAAAGUUUAUUGUACAGAUAUUAUAUUAACACUAAUAAAAACCAUGAAUUAGACAUUUUUAUUUUAAUUUAAAAUAAAAUUCGAAACGAAUAUAUGUUGUAAAUAUAAAUUGUGUUUUAAAUAUUAGCAGUUAUCUUCAUUCACACAUCGUAAAAAUGUAAAUUUUAUUUAGAAAACACUUUAAUUAAGCAAAUAAGAAUUUUCAAUUAUUAUAUAAAAAAUAUUUUCAAUGCAAUGUAUAAUAAUACUAACUUACAUUUAAAUUAAUGUAAUAAAACAUUGAGUUAAUCCGGCGCAUAAUCUGAAGAACUAUGACUCAACUGAUCAGAUGUAAAUAUAUACGAUUUAUUCAUACGCGCUAAAAUUCGAACGAGCCUGAAUAUCGGAUCUUGGACGUUGGAACUUCUUCGUUCAUGGACGAUUGCCCAUGUGUUUGUGCAUGUGUGAAUGAUUGCGUGCGUGUGUACUCAUCACACAUGCUUUCUCCUCACGCUAUCGGCAAAAUCCAACAGUAAGACGCAUGACGUUGUGCCGAACGUUUCGUGGAAGAGAGAGGUCGUCGCAAAAAUAAAUAUAUUUAUACACGGAGUACGCAUGUGGCCGCCGUACUACUCUGAAACGUAUUGUCUCACCUGUAGGAAACGACAAUUCUGGCGGACAGUUCUGACCUGACGUUGUAUCAAGAAAAAAAGUGCAAUCUACACAAUUUCGUACUUGUUGAAAUAACCGCAAGAACUUAGAAAAUUAACUGAAUGAUGUAUAAGCAACAUACAAACUGAACGAAAAAAAUUAGUUGGAAUUCUUUCCAAUGAUUUGAAUUUGGUAAUACAAAACCUUACGAGCAAGCAACAUGGAAAUUCUGGGUGUGAAAUUUGCUCCGUUAAAUGUAUCUCUGGAAAGAAGACUCCAAACAUUGGUUGCCGCAAUAUGGAUUUUUGGUUCUGCUUUCGGUAAUUUCUUAGGAUUUUUAGUCACCGCUUAUCUUCUAUUCUACACAGAAACAAUACGCUACUUCUUGUUACUGUAUUUCCUUUGGAUGUACUACGAUUGGGAUACUUGUCAUCGUGGCGGUAGAAGUGAAUUUUGGACAAAAGCGGCGAGAAACAACGUAUUUUGGCGUUAUUAUUGCAAUUAUUUUCCGUUAAAAUUAGUGAAAACGGUUGAUCUAGAUCCUACAAAAUCUUAUCUUUUUGUUUGUAUGCCUCAUGGCAUUUUAUCAACGGGGAUAAUGGGUUCUUUCGGAACGGACGUAUUGGGCUGCAAAAAACUAUUCCCCGGAUUAGAAAUACGUCCAAUCACUCUUGAUCAACAUUUCAAAGUACCUCUUUUUAGAGAAUAUCCAUAUUCAUUAGGCAGCUGUGCUUCUAGCGUGAGAAGUAUCAAGUAUUUAUUGUCAACACCACCGAGUAGUCCAUACACUGGAAGAGCUACAGUUCUUAUCGUCGGUGGUGCUUCUGAAGCGAUGGAAUCUACACCGGGCACUUAUCGUAUCAUAGUGAAAAGAAGAAAAGGCUUUAUAAAACUAGCAUUACAACACGGUACGACGUUGGUUCCUGUUUUCUCCUUUGGCGAAACGGAUUUAUACAAUCAAAUAUAUCGUCCAGAAGGAUCGACUUUCAGACGUAUACAGAAUUAUAUUCGCAGUUUCAUUGGACUAGCACCCAUCGUUUUCUCGGGCAGAGGAUUCUUUCAGUAUUCAUUUGGUCUCAUUCCGAAGCGAUUACCUGUCACCGUAGUCGUUGGUAGUCCUAUUAAAUUGCCGAAAAUAGAAGAACCUACGACUGAGCAGAUCAAUGAAUAUCACGAAAAAUUUAUGAAAAGUUUAAUCGAUCUCUUUGAAACACAAAAGCACAAUUAUUUGAAAAAUGCAGAAACCAUUACACUCGAAUUAUGACAUGUAUUCAAAUAUGUAAUGUAAUGUAAAAUGUAAAUUUGUUAUUAUUUUUAAACUCCUUCUAAAAAGAUUCUUGCUAUUCUAAAAUAUAGAAAGCUCUCAGAGCUAUUUACAAUUAAGGAUUCUGUUUAUAAUUAAGAGAUUUUAUUGUACAUUGUUAUAUUAAUUAUUUUAACAUAAUUUAUAAAUUCUCGAUUUAAGUAAGAAGCAAAGUUAAAAUUUAUAUAAACACGCGGAAACAA